AUGGUAGCAGUGCCCAAGGAACGGGAGUUCAAAGAAAACGACCCUAGAUGCUUUGGGAAGAUGUCGCCUGAGAUGCGCGCAUAUCAGGUGGUAACAGAGGCGAACAUUGCGGACACCAUUUUCACUUACGUCAAGCACCAGUCUAUGACCUUAACAGAAGAGCAACUGACAAAAACCCUAAUACGCAUGAGUUGUCCCGGAGGAGACCAUGAUUACAUAAAUAUCGUAAUUGACUUCUCUUCCUGGUGUACCCAUUUUCGUGCAGAACUUGUAGAGCCUCUUUUUAGAAGCUUAGACCAGCUUUUUGGUUUUCAAAAUGUUUACGAAUUUACUCCUACUUUUCCACUUAUUUCAAAACUUCUUUUUCAAGAUCGGUAUGCAACACCCAACCAAGCAGGAGACGGAGAACCCAUUGAGGGACCACGGUGUGUUCAUGGCCCGGAAGCGUGGCUAGAGGGAUUGAGACAGAAAGGAUGGACACUUGCUACCAUACUCAUCAUCCUGCUUGCCGCUCACAGAUGCGACACAACAGCAUCCCUACUAGGUCAAGGUGACAACCAGGUGAUCGUGCUUAGAAUUCCUUCUCAACGAUAUCUUCAGGAGCGAAAGUUUUUCUAG